AUGGCCCUUGCCCAUAUGGGAUUUAGAGCAUUCGUCCAGGCUCUCAAAGAUGACGGUGACCUCGUUGAGAUCAAUGAAGAGUGUGACCCGAACCUCGAAGUUAGCGCAAUCAUCCGCAAGGUUGUCGAGAGCGACGAAAGGACACCCUUAUUCAACAAUCUCAAGGGGCAGAAUGCGAAUGGCCUUUUGAGAAUUUUGGGUGCUCCAAACUCCCUCAGGUCUGAUCCGAGGCGUCGAUACGGAAGAUUGGCCCGACAUCUCAACCUUCCACCAACGGCAUCAAUGAAGGAGAUACUUGACAAGAUGGUGUCUGCCAAAACUACGCCUCCCAUUCCUCCCAAGAUUGUCGAAAAGGGCCCGUGCAAGGAAUUCCGUCUUACGUCUGACGAGUUCGAUCUUAAUCAGUUCCCGUCACCAACACUUCACCAAGCUGAUGGAGGGAAAUACGUCCAAACUUAUGGAAUGUUUAUUGUCCGGUGGCCGGACGGAAAGUGGACUAAUUGGUCCAUCGCCCGAGCCAUGGUCCAUGACAAGAACCAUCUUGUUGGGCUCGUCAUGCCGUCGCAGCACAUCUCGGUUAUACACCGCAUGUGGAAGGAAUUGGGUCAAGAUAUGCCAUAUGCAUUGACCUUUAGUGUUCCGCCAGCAGCAAUCAUGGCAGCCAGUAUGCCGCUCCCUGAUGGCCUUUCUGAGGCUGAGUACAUCGGAUCCAUGGUCAACUCGCCUCUUGAACUUGUCAAGUGCGAGACCAAUGACCUGUUUGUGCCAUCAACAUCUGAGAUUGUCUUCGAAGGAACUUGCUCCGUUACUGAAACAGCACGUGAAGGCCCUUUCGGAGAAAUGCACGGAUAUGUAUUCAAAGACGACUCGCACUUCAUGCCGGUAUAUACAGUGAACAUGAUUACCCAUCGAAAGGACCCUAUUCUGCCAGUGCGUGCCUGCGGCCGACUUACAGAUGAGACGCACACAAUGAUUGGGCCCUUUGCUGCGGCGGAGAUAGGCUAUAUAACUAAAUCAAACGGCCUGCCUAUCAAAGAAGCAUUCUCCCCGUUCGAAUCUCAGGUUACAUGGGUUGCGCUGCAGGUCGAUACCGACAAGCUACGGGCAAUGAAGACGAACGCCGAGGCUUUUUGCCGACAGGUGGGAGACUUGGUCUUUAGAGGAAAGCCCGGAUCCACCAUUCAUCGGCUGCUCUUCGUCGGUGAUGACAUCGAUGUGUAUGACUUCAAGGAGGUCAUUUGGGCAUUCACCACUCGCUGUCACCCCGUCAUGGACGAGUAUAGCUACGAAGAUGUUCCCGGGUUCCCGCUAAUUCCGUACAUGAGCCAUGGAAAUGGUCCUGCGAACAAGGGAGGCAAGCUGGUGUGUGAUUGCCUGCUCCCAGUGGAGUAUACGACUGGGAAGAAUUGGGAAGCAGCCGACUUUAAGGAGUCGUUUCCUUCCGAGCUUCAGCAAAAAGCCCUUGAUCGCUGGCACUCUUACGGGUUCUAA